UUGAACUUUUCUUUGGACCUAUUGCUGCCAGUGCUUUUGAAAGUAACAUUUCCUGUGUAAUGUGUGAGUAGCUACUCCUUAAGGGCUGGCACAGGUGCAGUUUUGAGUAUGUCUCAGACUAUUUUGGGUUUUCAGGAAGAGCUUAGGUAAAUGGGAAAUUUUAACAUGCAGUCAACAUUAACUGUUUUAGAUAUAAAUGCAUUUGUCAGAGCAUUCGAUUUUUAAAUUUUACAAAAGUAGAUGUAAAUACUUGUAUUGACUAUUUUUUGAUUCUUUAUUCCCACUUAGUGCAACCUUUACUAUCCCAUGAGAAUCGGAUGGCCUGCUGUGUCUUAAUCAUCAAAGCCUUAGAAAACAAAGUGGCUGUUGGAAGGUUUGUGUAUUUGGGAAAUCUGAAGCAGAUCUAAAUCGCCUCAAACCAAACAGGACUCAUAGGUUGCCAUGUUCAUGUUGCUUGUGUUUGGAUUGCUACUGCAAGAAAUUCUGGCUAAUUCCCAAGCUGAAAAUCUUACUGUAUUCAAAAACAUUCCAGAAGAGCCAUUAUAUAGCUACAAAGCUAUCAACUUGCCAGAUGAGCAUAUUCCAUACUUUCUGCACAAUAAUCAGCAUAUCGCUGGCAUCUGUAAGCAAGACUCUCGUUGCCCAUAUAAAAAAUACUUGAAGAAACUAAAAUCCUGCUGGGGUUAUGAAAAAUCUUGCAAAUCAGAUUACAGGUUCAGUUACCCAGUGUGUGAUUAUGUUGAAACUGGAUGGGCAAGUGACAUUGAGACAGCCCAACAAAUAUUCUGGAAACAAGCUGACUUUGGUUACAUUCAAGAGAGGCUCAAUGAAAUGAAAACCCAUUGUAAGCCUGCAGCAACAGGAGAUUCGUCUCUGACCUGUUCUCAGUACCUUCAGCAUUGCAGAGCCACAAACUUGUACCUUGAUUUACGAACUGUAAAGAGAAACCAUGACAGAUUCAAAGAAGACUUCUUCCAGAAGGGAGAAAUUGGAGGUCAUUGCACCUUCAACGUUCAAGCAUUUUUGGCUGAAGGUCAACGCAAGAGCCCUUUGCAGUCUUGGUUUGCAGAACUCCAGACAUUUACUGCAUUAAACUUCAGGCCCCUAGAAGAUGGGAAGUGUGACAUUGUUAUUGAAAAGCCAACAUACUUCAUGAAAUUAGAUGCAGGCGUUAAUAUGUACCAUCACUUCUGUGAUUUCGUCAAUCUUUAUAUUACACAGCAUAUAAAUAAUUCCUUCAGUACUGAUGUCAACAUAGUCAUGUGGGACACCAGUUCAUAUGGCUAUGGCGACCUGUUCAGUGAGACAUGGAAGGCAUUUACUGACUAUGAAAUUAUACACUUGAAAACCUUUGACUCUAAGAGGGUAUGCUUUAAAGAAGCAGUCUUCUCAUUACUGCCUCGAAUGCGAUAUGGCUUGUUUUAUAACACGCCAUUGAUCUCUGGCUGUCAUGGUACAGGGCUAUUUAGAGCAUUUUCUCAGCAUGUGUUACACAGAUUAAAUAUCACACAAGAAGGACCCAAGGAUGGGAAAAUUCGAGUCACAAUACUUGCACGCAGUACAGAUUACCGGAAAAUAUUAAACCAGAAUGAGCUUUUAAGUGCUUUGAAAACGGUAUCGACAUUGGAGGUCAAAGUGGUAGACUACAAAUACAAGGAACUUGAAUUUUCAGAGCAAUUGAGAAUUACCCACAACUCUGAUAUAUUCAUUGGGAUGCAUGGAGCUGGACUUACCCAUUUGCUCUUUCUACCAGACUGGGCUGUUGUUUUUGAACUAUACAAUUGUGAAGAUGAACGUUGUUACCUGGAUUUGGCAAGGCUGAGAGGCAUUCACUACAUCACUUGGCGAAAAAGGAAUAAAGUAUUCCCUCAAGAUCAGGGACACCACCCAACUCUGGGAGAACAUCCAAAAUUUACAAACUACUCCUUUGAUGUGGAAGAAUUUAUGUACUUGGUGCUUCUGGCUGCAAAUCAUGUUUCACAGCAUUCCAAGUGGCCAUUUAGGGUAAAACAUGAUGAAUUUUAAAUUUGACUUCUGACUGAAAUAUUAUUUUUAAAUAAUGCUCCAUAAAAAUACUGUAACAACAUAAAGCAAAAUGCUGGUGUGAAACGUGUAAACCUCUACGAGGGAAAUGUCCCAUUAUUAACUUGUCAAACCAUUUCUUAGCACCAUACCUUGACCCUCUCCUUAAUUCUGGGAGUUUUUGAUAUGUAAAAACUGUUUUUCAGAACUCUUUUUGUUUUUUGCACUGUAUUUUUACAUUCCACAUUCUGAAAUACUUGUCUGAUAUGUCCAUCCAUUUCAUGUAAGAUUUUCUGGGGUAGAUACUAAUCUUGCAAUAAUUUAUGCCUACUAUUAUUUGAGGAAAUGCUAGAGAAUGGAGAGUGUUACAGCUUGGUUUCUCAGUAUAGUCUCUCUGGGAAUGAACGAGGCCUGUCAGAGCUCCUCAGUUCCUCUUUUUAAGAAGGUAGAGGCUUUUAUAUUAUAGUCCCGUACCUGUAAGUAAAAAUCUGAAUAGGAAUUGCCUUCCUAUUGUAAGAUACUGCCCAGUAUGUCAUUUGUAGCCGAGUUACAUGAUGCAGUGGUUCCAGCAUGGCUUGUUAGUUCCUUUCCAUCACCAUCCAUGUUAUUGCUGUGCUUGUCCCUGUAUUGUUUCUAGGUUUGAAGAUCUUCCUUUGUAUAAUAGUGGUUGUAAGAAUGAAGUGGUUAAGCAAGCUUUAACUCUUGUUGUUCGGUAGAACAGACACUGCAAACUUCUAUUACAGCUUUAGAAACAUUUUUAAGUUAGAAAAACAUGUCUUAUGGUUUUGCAUUUAAAUAUAAGCUUUGACUCUUCUCCCUCUGGUUUUAAAUGCUAAAAUAUAACAGGUCUGCUCAGUAGGUUUAGUCAGUCUUCUAUCUCAAAGCAGGUAAAUCUUUUCCUGAGCGAAUACUUAAAAUAUCAGGUAAUCUGGGUGUUUCCUACUUUUUCACAUAAAACAGCAGUCUGUAAUGGGAAAAAUGAGCAAAUUGGAAUAAAACUUGAGUCUUCCUGAGGAUGCUAAAGGGAAUGGACUUGUAGUUUUUUAUGACAAAUGAUAAGAUGCAUAUGGUGUCUUUCAGCUGCAGCUGAAAGGAAAUGAACUCAUGAGGAACCUUGUUCUUGGAGUCAUUAAAAGCCUAAUCUAUUAAUAUUCUUGUUUUCUCAAAAAGUCAAAGAGUUAAUCUAGAAAACUUUUGAAAAUCCUUCCAAAGCCAGUAGCAUAGUUCACUGUUUUCAGUGAAGGAAAUAUUAAGCCAAAGCCGAGUUCUUUAUAAAAUUCCCUUCAGAGCUGACGUGUUGGUUCUAGCAGGGGAAAAAAAAAAGGGAGUAGUUCUGUUGUCUUAAGUGGGGCCAGAAGGAUGUGUGGAAGAAUCAAGUUCAGUGAGAUAAAAAACAGAGUUCUGUGUUAAAUUAUGGAUUUUUUUGAGAAUGUAUUCCCAUGAUAGGCUCGCAGCAUAAUCAUACAGUCUCAGUGGCUUGAAGCAGAGCAUACAUUUUUAUGCAAAAGCAAGACAGUUACAAUAAAUGUAAACAUUUCACUGGUAUAAUGGUAGAUAUUAUUGACUUCCAUUCUCCAACAGUCAUACGCAAUUUCACAGAGUGUAGGUGCAUUUACUGACCUGCCUAUACUGGUAAAGAUGAGUUACUGUAAGCAUAAUUUUUAUAUAGAUCUCUCACGACCCAGAUACACAAGAUACCUUAAGGUAUCAGCUAUAUCUGGUGCAAUUCUUAGUGCAGUGUAUUGUUGUACUUUAAAGAACCAUAGAAGCAAAAUUGCAC